AUGGCUAUGGUGAUGGUCCAAGUUAGUGAAGCACGCGAUUCUCGCGUUGGAGCAUUUAGUCUUAUAUCUCCGGUUUUUCGAUUACUUGUUAAUGUUUACCAGAAGCAGGCUCCUUCUGAUUAUUUGAGUAUUUGUCAAUGCCUUAUGUUCUUGGAUGAACCACAUGAUGUUGCAAGCAUAUUGGAGAAGCUUCUUCAUUCAGAGGACAAGGAUGAAGCUUUACUGGCAUUGCAAAUCGCUUUUGAUCUUGUAGAGAACGAGAACCAUGGAUUUCUCAUGAGUGUUAGAAACAGCCUUCCAAUGCCCAAGAUCCUUCCUGUAGUAGCAGUUCAAGCUUCUGAAACCUCUACCGCUCAGAGGGAGAACACUGCAGGGAAUCUCCAGAUGACGGAUGAAACAGAUCCUGCAGAUGCUGUCUACGCUGAGAGAUCAUUCCUGUUUAUCAUGGAGACAAAUGAACAGUCUGUUGAAUCGUGGUGUCAGUCGAAUGGUGCUGCAAUAUAUGGUAAUGCGAUAAUGCAUGCUGGAACAGCAGAGGACACAUUUUACAAGGAGAAUUUGGUUUGGCUAAGUAGGGCCACCAAUUGGGCUAAGUUUAGUGCUAUAGCGGGAUUAGGUGUUAUUCAUAGAGGUCAUCUACAACAAAGUAGGUCAGUGAUGGCUCCAUAUUUGCCUCAAGGAGGAGCAGAUGGUGGUGGGAGUCCUUACUCUGAAGGUGGUGCUUUAUAUGCCCUUGGCAUUAUUCAUGCCAACCAUGGCGAGGGAAUCAGGCAAUAUCUUCGUGAUAGCCUACGAAGUACUAGUGCUGAGGUUAUUCAACAUGGAGCUUGUUUAGGUCUUGGUUUGGCAUCCUUUGGGACAACUGAUGAAUACAUAUAUGAAGAUAUAAAAAAAGUGCUAUACACUGACAGUGCAGUUGCUGGUGAAGCUGCCGGCAUCAGCCUGGGUCUAUUAUUUGUUGGAACUACAACAAAUAAGGCAAGUGAGAUGCUCGCUUAUGCUCACAAGACCCAGCAUGAGAAGAUAAUAAGGGGACUGGCUCUAGGAACAGCUCUCACAGUAUAUGGUAGAGAAGAGGAAGCAGAUAUUUUGAUUGAGCAGAUGACUAGAGAUCGUGAUCCUAUCAUUCGUUGUGGUGGAAUGUACGCACUGGCAAUGGCUUACAGAGGAACUGCAAACAACAAAGCCAUGCGUCAACUUCUGCACUUUGCUGUCUCUGAUGUCUGUGACGAUGUCAAAAGGACUGCUGUUCUCGCACUUGGAUUCAUCUUAUACUCUGAUCCAGAGCAGACUCCCCGUAUUGUAUCCCUGCUUUCCCAGUCGUACAAUCCGCAUGUCCGCUAUGGCGCAGCUCUUGCCGUAGGCAUAUCUUGUGCAGGAACUGGCCUGAGUGAAGCGAUAUCCUUGCUGGAACCACUUACAUCAGAUGUGGUUGACUUUGUUCGUCAAGGUGCUAUAGUUGCCAUGGCCAUGGUGAUGGUCCAAGUUAGUGAAGCAAGCGAUUCUCGCGUUGGAGAAUUUAGGCACCAACUUGACAAGAUUUUACCCGAAGAGAUUCCAGAUGAAAUGAGCACUAUUACGGGAGCAUUUUUGGCUUCAGGUAUUCUUGAAGCUGGUGGAGGGAAUGUGACAAUACGACUUCUCUCUAAGACAAAACAUGACAAAGUCACUGCGGUUGUUGGCCUUGCCAUCUUCAGCCAGUUUUGGUAUUGGUAUCCGCUAAUUUAUUUCAUAUGCUUGGCGUUCUCACCAACCGCGUUCAUCGGUUUGAACUACGAUCUCAAAUUCCCAAAGUUUGAAUUCAUGUCGCUCGCAAAACCAUCUUUGUUUGAGUAUCCAAAACGAACUGCNUGCAGAUGCUGUCUACGCUGA